AUGUGUAAAUGCGGUAUUAAGUUCUCAGGCCUCAGCUUCACUGGAGCUGGACUGGAUCACUUCACUGAGUUCAUCGCGGUCACAGUCGGCUUGCGUAUAGGUGCCGAAAUCACCGAAGCCCAUCGCUGCCAUUGCGGCACCACAGUUUACCGCCAGGGGCGCCACGGACUGUCUUGCCGCCGGAGUGCCGGCCGCCAGGCCCGUCAUGCCUCCAUAAAUGACGUCAUCCGCAGGGCUCUUGCCACCGUCAACGUGCCGGCUACACUCGAGCCGAACGGUAUCGCGCGUGACGACGGCAAGAGACCUGAUGGAAUGACGCUCAUUCCAUGGAGCCGGGGCAGACCUUUAGUCUGGGACGCCACGUGCGUGGACACAUUGGCGGCGUCGCAUGUGACGGCCACCUCAAGGGAGGCGGGAGCGGCCGCUGCUAACGCGGAGACCAACAAGAGGCGGAAAUAUGAAUGCCUGGGCCAAGACUUCAUAUUCCUGCCUUUUGGUGUUGAAACCCUGGGUCCGUGGGGCCCCAGCGCAAAGGUCCUUUUUAAGGAUUUAUCCCAAAGACUGGUCGACAAAUCAAAUGACCCCAGGGCUGGUGCUUACCUCGGCCAGCGCAUUAGUUUGGCCAUACAACGAGGUAAUGCUGCCAGUGUAAUUGGCACUUUGCCCGCAGCCUCCGACCUAGAUUUAAUUUUUUACUUAUAG